AUUUGCACCUUCCCAUCCAUUGUUUACUGCAAUCUAGCUUGCAGCCUGCAACUUCAAUGGAAUUGUUCUUACUAAUGUCAUUAAUGAACCAAUUGCCAAAUUGAAUUUUUCCUAUUCUUCAUACCACUUGUUCUUUCUGUUGUGCUUUAAUCUGUUGGCAUCUUUUUCUAGAGAAAUUCUCGCCUUCCUCCUACUCUGGUCAUUUCUCAGUCUUUGCAGGUUCCAGCAUGGUCCACCAUUUAAAUGUUGAUGUUCCUCAGCCUUCUGUUCUUGUCCUUACCUUUUCACAGUACAUGAUCUUCUUGGGUGGCUUCCAUUCACAUCCCUAUUGCUGAGCUCAGCACCCUUAUGAUCACUUAGUUACUGGUUAGUAUUCCUUGGACAUUCUACCAAAGUAAACAUAUCAAAGAACUCAAUCUUCCCUGCUCACUGGUGCCUUCUCCUUUAUUCUCUUAUCUUGGUGAGUGGCACCAUUGUCCACCUAGAUAAUGAAAAUUGUCCCCAAGCCUUCUCUUCUACUGUACUGCCACUCUAUCCUUUUGUAUCUAUAUCUUUCCAGUGUGCUUCCUCUGUUUAAGCCUUAGUAUUCUUGCCUUCAUUCAGGCCUUCAUCAUUUCUCUGAUCUGGAGUUUACAACACCUUCCUUUGUUCACUCUGCCUGCAUUCUAACCCUCCUCCAAUCUUUGCAUCCUUCACACCUCCACCAGGUUAUUAUUCCAAAAACAUGAAUUUCAUUCUUUUACUUAAUUGAUCAAAAGUUCAAUAGCGCCUUAUGACCAACAGAAUAUAGCCCACAUGCCUUUCCAACCUUAAUUCAGCCUCUCCCUUACACAAGCUUUCUACUGCAGUGAUGCUUGCUAUAUCCCAUCUGCAUUUUUGCCUUUGCUCAUGCCAUUUGCCACUCCGGAGUGCCCAUCCUCUUACUGACCACGUGUCUUGAAUCUUCCUCAGCCUUUGAGACCCACCUUAUAUUCUGCUUCUUCCCAGGACACUUCAGUCCACAAGGAUAACGGCCAACAUUUUCAGAGCACUUUGCAGUUUACAAAAUGCAUAUGCCUUAGGGUUCAGCACUGCCAGCCUCAUUUUAUGGGUGAUAAAACCGAGGCACAGAAGAACUGGGUGACUUGCCAGAUGCUGCAUAGAUUGUCAAAUACAGAGCCUGGGCCUAGCCUUUCGUCUUCUCUCUUCAGAUCCCCUGCUUUUGUCUCAGUGACCACUCCCUCUCUGAUCUCACAGCAAUUACGGUCUUCAUUUCUCCUUCAACCUUAAUCACAUAUUGCAUGUGACUCCAGCAGGAAGAGAGGUUUUGAGAGUAGGAGGCGAGGUCAAAGAAGAGAUCAUCCUCCAUUUGUCAUCAACACUGGCCAGUAAGUGCACAAAUGAGCUCGGCUACCUGGAAACUACCCUUGGGAAGAUAAUCUGUCAAUGGAGAGCUCAUCUCCUCUCCUGGGUGUAAACAAGUAUAUCUUACCAAGGAUGUAACUGAACAUUUUUUUCCUGUGGUGUCUUCCUACUGAGCAACCCAAGAUGGCCAGGAACUGCUCCGAGUGCAAGGAGAAGAGGACAGCACAUAUCCUUUGCACCUACUGCAAUCGCUGGCUGUGUAGCUCUUGCACAGAGGAACACCGACACAGCCCUGUCCCUGGGGGCCCGUUCUUUCCUCGGGCCCAAAAAGGAUCUCCAGGAGUGAAUGGUGGUUCUGGAGACUUCAUCUUGUACUGUCCUCUACACACACAGGAAGUGCUCAAGCUAUUCUGCGAGACAUGUGAUAUGCUCACAUGCCAUAGCUGCCUAAUGGUGGAACAUAAAGAACACAGGUGCAGACAUGUUGAAGAAGUUUUGCAAAACCAGAGGAUGCUUCUGGAAAGUGUGACUACACAGGUGGCACAUAAGAAAUCCAGUCUACAGACAUCUGCAAAGCAAAUUGAGGACAGGAUUUUUGAAGUGAAGCAUCAGCAUAGGAAGGUGGAAAACCAGAUCAAAAUGGCCAAGAUGGUUCUGAUGAAUGAGCUGAACAAACAGGCCAAUGGGCUUAUAGAGGAAUUGGAGGGCAUUACUAAUGAGAGAAAGCAGAAGCUGGAACAACAGUUACAGAGCAUCAUGGUUCUCAACCGUCAGUUUGAGCAUGUGCAGAAUUUCAUCAACUGGGCUGUCUGCAGCAAAACCAGUGUCCCUUUUCUUUUCAGCAAAGAGCUGAUUGUGUUUCAGAUGCAGCGAUUGCUGGAGACAAGUUGUAACACAGAUCCUGGCUCCCCUUGGAGUAUCAGAUUCACCUGGGAGCCUAACUUCUGGACCAAGCAGCUAGCUUCUCUUGGCUGCAUAACUACUGAAGGUGGACAACUGUCCCGGGCAGAUGCUCCUGCUUAUGGAGGCUUACAGGGGCCAUCACCCUUUUAUCAAAGCCACCAGUCUCCAGUGGCUCAGCAAGAGGCUCUUAGCCACCCUCCACACAAGUUCCAGUCUCCAGCAGUGUGCUCCUCAUCUGUGUGCUGCUCCCACUGCUCCCCAGUCUCACCUUCCCUCAAAGGCCAGGUCCCCCCACCCAGCAUGCACCCAGCCCACAGUUUUAGGCAGCCCUCUGAGAUGGUGCCCCAGCAGCUGGGGUCUCUGCAGUGCUCUGCCCUGCUGCCUAGGGAGAAAGAGCUGGCCUGCAGCCCUCAUCCACCAAAGCUGCUGCAGCCCUGGCUGGAAACCCAGCCCCCUGUGGAGCAGGAGAGCAUGCCCCAGCGGAUGGGGCAGCAGCUGACUUCCCAGCCCGUGUGCAUUGUUCCCCCACAGGAUGUUCAGCAAGGAGCCCAUACCCACCCCACCUUACAGACACCCACUAUCCAAGUCCAGUUUGGCCACCACCAGAAGCUGAAGCUCAGUCACUUUCAGCAGCAGCCACAGCAGCAGCUGCCACCUCCAACACCUCCUCUACCUCCCCAACAACAGCCACCCCCACCUCUGCCUCCAUCCCAGCAUCUGGCUUCUAGUCAGCAUGAGAGCCCUCCUGGGCCUGCCUGUUCUCAGAACGUGGACAUAAUGCAUCACAAGUUUGAGCUGGAGGAAAUGCAGAAGGACUUGGAGCUUCUUCUCCAGGCUCAACAGCCCAGCCUGCAACUGAGUCAGACCAAAUCUCCUCAGCAUCUGCAGCAAACCAUUGUGGGGCAGAUCAACUACAUAGUGAGGCAGCCAGCACCUGUCCAGUCCCAGAGCCAGGAGGAGACCCUGCAGGCUACAGAUGAGCCCCCAAUAUCCGAGGGCUCAAAAUCGGCUCUCCCUCUUGACAAGAAUACUACUGCUGCCUUGCCCCAGGUGUCUGGGGAAGAAGCCCCUCCCAGUGUCCCCCAAGUGGACAGCACCAUCCAGAACUCCUCUCCAAAUAUGGUGAGAAAGCACUCCACCUCAGUGAGCAUCAUGGGGUUUUCCAACACUUUGGAGAUGGAAUUGUCAUCUGCUAGGUUGGAGAGGACCCUAGAGCCACAGAUCCAGAGUGUGAGCAGCCUGACAGCUGGUGCUUCCCAAGCAGUACCAAGCCUGCUGAGUGCUCCCCCCAAAACAGUGUCCAGCCUGACAAGUGUUCAAAACCAGGCCAUGCCCAGCCUGACAACUAGUCACCUACAGACUGUGCCCAGCCUCGUGCGUAGCACAUUCCAGUCCAUGCCCAACUUGCUGAGUGACUCCCCCCAGGUUAUGGCAAGCCUGGCAAGUGAUCACUCUCAGGCUGGGCCCAGCCUAGUGUCUGGUCACACCCAGGCUGUGCCAAGUCUGGCAACUUGUCCUCUUCAGAGCAUCCCUUCAGUGUCUGACAUGCAGCCAGAAACCGGGUCCAGCUCCAGUUCUGGCCCAACUUCAGGGAGCCUGUGCCCUAGAGAUGGGGCUGAUCCCUCCCUGGGGAAUGCUCUGUGUAAGAUGGAAAGUGAGGAGGAUUCCACUCGCUUCACUGACUCACUGGGACAAAGUCCCAUAGCCCCUGGUCUGGAUGCUCGCAAGGACUUGGCCAUCCCCUCAGAACUGGAGGAGCCAAUUAACCUCUCUGUGAAGAAACCUCCACUGGCACCAGUGGUCAGCACAUCUACAGCUCUGCAGCAGUACCAGAACCAAAAAGAGUGUGAGAAUUUUGAACAAGGAACCCUAGAGCUGGAUGCAAAAGAGAACCAAAGCAUCAGAGCCUUCAAUAGCGAGCCUAAGAUUCCCUAUGUGCGACUAGAGCGACUCAAGAUCUGUGCUGGAUCCUCGGGAGAGAUGCCUGUGUUCAAGCUGAAGCCACAGAAGAAUGAUCAGGAUGGGAGCUUCCUGCUGAUCAUCAAGUGUGGCACUGAGUCCUCCAGCAUGUCCAUUAAGGUCAGCCAGGACAGACUGUCUGAGGCCACCCAGGCCCCAGGUCUUGGGGGAAGAAAGGUCACUGUCACUUCUCUGGCUGGGCAGCGGCCACCAGAAGUGGAGGGCACUUCUGAAGAACACAGACUCAUUCCUCGAACUCCAGGAGCCAAGAAGGGCCCCCCAGCCCCAAUAGAGAAUGAGGACUUCUGUGCUGUUUGCCUCAAUGGGGGAGAGUUACUGUGCUGUGACCGCUGCCCCAAAGUGUUCCAUCUGUCCUGCCAUGUGCCAGCCUUGCUCAGCUUUCCAGGGGGAGAAUGGGUGUGUACCUUGUGCCGCAGCCUGACCCAGCCCGAGAUGGAGUAUGACUGUGAGAACGCCCGCUAUAACCAGCCUGGAAUUCGGGCAGCUCCUGGUCUAAGCACAUAUGACCAGAAGAAGUGUGAGAAGCUGGUAUUGUCCUUGUGCUGCAAUAACCUCAGCCUGCCCUUCCAUGAACCUGUCAGCCCCCUGGCCCGGCAUUAUUACCAGAUUAUCAAGAGGCCCAUGGACCUGUCAAUCAUCCGGAGGAAGCUGCAAAAGAAGGACCCGGCUCACUAUACCACCCCAGAGGAGGUGGUAUCGGAUGUGCACCUUAUGUUCUGGAACUGUGCUAAGUUUAAUUAUCCUGACUCAGAGGUUGCAGAAGCUGGCCGCUGCCUGGAAGUAUUCUUUGAGGGCUGGUUGAAGGAGAUCUACCCAGAGAAACGGUUUGCCCAGCCAAGACAGGAGGACUCAGACUCCGAAGAGGUGUCUAGUGAGAGUGGACGCACCACUCCACAGGGCUUCCCAUGGCCUCCCUACGUGCAGGAGGGCAUCCAACCCAAGAGGCGGCGACGACAUAUGGAGAAUGAAAGAGCAAAGAAAAUGUCAUUUCGUCUGGCCAACAGCAUCCCUCAGGUGUGAGAGCCAGAAGGAGACUGCGUACGCUGGCAGCUGUUGUCCCAGCCUGUCGACCAUUCCUUCCCAUCUUGCAGCUUAUCCUCUUCAGAAUGGGGGUGGUAGAUGAGUCUCAUUGAACUGUGUAGUGCUCUUCUUUGCCAUUUGCAUCUACAGCAUUUAUUUGAGAACCAUAGUGCGUCCACUACAGAGAAGAUUUCAGUAAUAAACAGGAAAGAGGAAGGCAUUGGUUGUUAUCAGAGUAAUCGGCUGUAUAGGGUCCACUUGACAAGACCACACCUGGUCAGGCUUGGGAGGACCUACCUUCCUUGGUGAAUUUUUUUUCUGCCUAGGAAAGCAGACCUGUCUCACCUUUUAGUGUCCAGGGUUCAGGAGCCAUGUGUAUAUCUGAACUCCUCCUGGGCUCAGAAGUGAGUAAAAGAAGGGAGAGAAGUUUAGACAUAUGGCAGGACUGUGGUCCCUGGCUCAGCACAGCCAAAGACUGUCACUGUUUGCGUUUGCUUGUCCUGUCUGGACAGAGACAUUUGCCGUGUGCAGACUAGUGGAGGCUUCUAGAGGCCUUAGGUCUCAACUGGUGCCUAUUUGGGUUCUAACGGUUUUCAGGGUAUUUGUUUUACAUACUCACUUUUCUGAUGCUGACUUAAGUGGCUGCUGUGAAAAUGCUGUGGCUGGUGUGACAUUCUUGAUUGAGCUGGGCAGCUGUGCAGAGACACUAACAUCUUCUGGUUCAGAUUUCAUUUGCACACUUAAAAAGAUGUCCACUUCCGAGCCCGCCCUCUGUACUCCUUACUCUGGGCGAAUCGCACUUCUUUAGUGUGAGAACCUGCCUUCCUAGAAGUGACUGUUGGUGCUUGUCAGUGGGCACACCCUUCAUCAUCCUUAUUCAGAGGUCUGGAUCUUGAGUUCGGCUUGUGAAUACUGUGAAGCAGCUGCUGUCUGCUUCAGGUACAGAGUUCCAUGGGUGGAGAGCAUAACCCACAACCAGCUCACUCCUCUGGGUCUCUCCUCCUGCUUAGAGAUUCUAGUUCUCAACCUCUCCAAGUUCAUGAGCCAAAGAUCAGAAGUGACUCUUCUGACUAGCCUGCCCCCAGGCUGUCUACCACCCUGAAAAAGCUUUACUGGCAGCCCUUUUUGUUGGAGGUUAGAGAAGGCCUCAGGGACCAACAGGAGUCAGAUCUAGACAUUCCUAGGGGAAGUUUGUCUAAGGUAGACGGGAAAAAUUAAGAGGCAAAAAUCCAGUGUCCUUUGGUGACCCUGAAGCAACUUCAGAGCCUUAGUUCUCCUAGAAUGCAGAGAGAAGCAUUCUGGAAGCCAUGGGAACAGGAACUCAAGGUUGCAUCCUGAAUGGAUUUGCAUGGUCCUCACCAGGUGUUUGUGAGGAUACUGGAGGUCAGGCUACCUCCCAAGCAAGGGCUUGGUUGAGAAGGAACUCAUUGCUGAUACUGUUGGGGCAGCUCUGAACCUGACAUUUCAGUGGCCAGGACUGAGAGAGCUCUCCUUAGUCCUUCCAUCAAAUGGCUAAUUUCAGGGGAGUCUUAGGUCAUGGCUUUGGUUUUGUUAAGAGACACACUUCAAGGAUGUUUUAAUUUGUAGGGCCUUUGCUAAUGAGCAUUUUUUUUUUUUUUUUUGAGAUGGAGUUUCGCUCUUGUGACCCAGGCUGGAGUGCAAUGGCGCGAUCUCAGCUCACCGCAACCUCCGCCUCCUGGGUUCAGGCAAUUCUCCUGCCUCAGCCUCCCGAAUAGCUUGGAUUACAGGCAUGCACCACCGUGCCCAGCUAAUUUUUUGUAUUUUUAGUAGAGACGGGGUCUCACCAUGUUGACCAAGAUGGUCUCGAGCUCUUGACCUCAUGAUCCACCCGCCUCGGCCUCCCAAAAGCAUUUUUUUUUUUAAAUCAGAAAAUAUUUCUUCUCUCUUUGUGAGUUGAUGGUAUUGCCCAUUUCCUUCUCUACCCAAGCUGAGAGAUCAUCUUCACUUCAAAGCAAACCAUGCCCAUUGGCUUGCCAUUCUUUCAGCAGCACGUGCCAUGUUCUUCUAAGCAGAUAGGCUCCCAUGAUCCCGUUUUCUGGUUCAGAAACUAAGUUUUCAGCGCUUUACCAUCCAGCAAUCUUUGGACUUAGGUUUCUGCCCUUUGAGACUCACAUGACUUUCUGGUUUGGGGUCUCGCCAGUUCCCUUUCAAUGUCUGAAUCUUGUUCUCUGUUUGGUUGGCUUGACAACGUUCCCUCUGUUCUCGUUUCACUGAUUCCUGCUCUAGGUCAUCUUUGCUUUGUGCGGCCCACAUUUCCAUCAUCCCUGUGAGCUUUAUUGUACUUGGCGUUGGGCAGCUGGUGAGUGCUGUGAUAGGCUCAGACCUGAUCCUUCCUCAGGACCAACUGGAGACCACAAAUUUAAAGCAGAAAUGCCUGUUAAAAGCCUGGCUUUCCUUAUAUCAGUGAGGCUCCCAGCUUGGGUGUGACCUGCUGGGCUCAAGGAUCAGCUUGCUGGGCUAGGGGGUCUUAGUAAUGUGCUGGAGAGAUACCUGCUCCCUUCUCAUCAUGGAGAGCCUGCAUGCAGAGAGGCUCCCUUUAGACACCUGAUCAGGGUUGGGUGGGUGGGGCUGAGGCCAAAGCCUAUCACACCAUCCCCACACUAGCUAUCCCUUGGCACUGCCCUCGCCCUGGCUUUUCCUUUGGACCUAGCCACCAGUGUUUUGAGUCAUGGUUUUGUUUUGUUUUUGCAUGCAAAAACCAGAACAUAACUUAGAAAUUAAAAAAAAAAAUCCUUCUAGCCAAGUGACUACCUGCAGCCAAGUGACUACCUUGGCUCUUUGCUAACAUUUGGGCUGAUCCUGCUUUUGACUUAUUCCCAUAAUAGCCCAGUUUUGAAGUCAGCCAAGUCCUUUAGUUAUUGACAAUAUCAUGCAAUGGAAAUAAGGUGAGUUCUAGAUUCUUAUGGGACAGCAUGCGGUCCCAUAAGAGAAAUUGGCUUCUUUGGUGUGUUGAGAAAUAAGACAGUAAAGUAGCUUCAGUUAAUGGAAAGGAGAUUUUAGUUAAAAAUUGGUUCAGGAUUUUAAAUUUUUAUUUCAUUUUUUGGCUGGGCAUGGUGGCUCACGCCUGUAAUCCCAGCACUUUGGGAGGCUGAGGUGGGUGGAUCACCUGAAGACAGGAGUUUGAGGUCAGCCUGGCCAAUACAGUGAAACCCUGUCUCUACUAAAAAUACAAAUAUUAGCCAGGCGUGAUGGUAUGCACCUGUAAUCCCAGCUACUCAGGAGGCUGCGGCAGGAGAAUUGCCCGAACCUGGAAGGAGGAUGUUAUAGUGAGCCGAGAUUGCGACACUGCAUUCCAGCCUGGGCGACAGAAUGAGACUCCGUCUUGGAAAAAAAAAUUGGUUCAGGAUGAACUGCAGAGCACUCUUCCACAGAACAUGGGUAGGUUAGCCCUGCAUGACAUCCAGCAAUUGCUAACUAUACACCUUGCCUGCCUCUAGUACCCCUACCUGAGUGGCAGCCACCAGAUACUCGAUAGGCUCUGUUCCAUGGCAGGUUCUGCCAUCUACCCUGGCAGACUCUGGCUCUCUGCCUCUACCCAUUUCUAGCAACAGCUCCUUGCCUGGCUCUUAAGACCGUGGCGCCUCCUUUUUUGUUCCUGGGCUCUGUUCUGCUCCCUCUCUCACUCCAUGGGGUCACUUAGAGUCUUCCUUUCUGACCUCCUGAACUGAGAGCCUUUGCUCCUGGAUUGCCACCUCCUGGGCUUCCUCUUCUCCCUCCAUCAGUACUGCCAAAAUUGUCCACUCCUUUAGUCCAUUUCCAUGACCUUGGCCCUCUCUCUCCUCUCCUUGCCUUUCAGCUUUCUCCUGGACUCCUUCCUCUCCCCAGCCUGAACCCAGAGCCUAUCACACACUGAUGUUUUUAUCAACAUUCUGAACUUUCUUAACUCCUUCAACUUUUUUUUUUUUUUUUUUUGAGAUAGAGUCUUGCUCUGUCUCCAGGCUGGAGUGCAGUGACGCAAGCUCAGCUCACUGCAACCUCUGCCUCCUGGGUUCAAGCGAUUCUUCUGCCUCAGCCUCCCGAGUAGCUGGGACUAUAGGCGUGUGCCACCCUGCCUGGCCAAUUGUUUUUUUUUUUUGUAUUUUUAGUAGAGAUGGGGUUUCACCAAGUUGGCCAGGAUGGUCUCGAUCUCUUGACCUCAUGAUCUGCCCACCUUGGCCUCCCGAAGUGCUGGGAUUACAGGCAUAAGCCACCACACCUGGCCUAUUUUUUUUUUUUUUUUUUAAAGACAGAGUUUCUGUCACCCAGGCUGGAGUGCAGUGGCAUGAUCUUGGCUCCCUGUAACCUCUGCUUCCUGGGCUCAGGUGAUCCUCCUAUUUUAGCCUCCUGAGUAGCUGGGACUACAGGUGCAUGCCACCAUGCCUGGCUAAUUUUUCUACUUUAGGUAGAGAUGGAGUUUCAUCAUGUUGAUCAAGUUGGUAUCAACACUCCUGAGCUCAAGCAAUCUGCCUUCCUCAGCCUCCCAAAGUGCUGGGAUUACAGGUAUGAGCCACCGUGCCAGGCAAUUUUUGUUGAAACUAUCAGCCAUUCUCCAUUUUUGGCAUCAUCAUAUUUUCUGCUCCCACCUCCUGGGCUGCUGAGCAUGACAAAUUCACAGUCGGCAGCCUCAGUUGGGCUCUCAGUAUUGACUGGAAAUUCUUUAAUUUGUGAUUCUUUUUUUUCCCAUCCAUGCCUCCAUCUUUGCCCUCCACAAAUAACUGAGCUCACUGUCUACUUCCCAGAAGAGAGCCCCUAAAGCAAGAGCGUCCUUGCCUGCUGUUCCUCUCUCCCCUCUCAUUCAUCUGUGUUUGUAACUCUCCCCUCCCCUCCCCUUCUGCUCCUAUUUAGUUCUUAUGUCUUGAAUCCUCUUGUAUGUCCUCCAAGACUGCUCCCUUGCUUAGCCCACUGCUCCCGCUUCCUGGAGUCUCCAGCCUCUCUCUCCAUUGGUUAUUUCCACACAGUCUGCAAACUGGUUCUCGCCAAGAUUAAAACAGCAUUUCUUAGAAUGUUACCCCUUACAUCUUCUCCUUGUUAGUCAAGUUACUUUAAACAAGAAUCUUUUUAAAUUGAUUCUUCCUCAGCUGUUCUUCAGCCCUCUAUUCUUUUUCAUAAAAGUCACCAGUGACUGCCCAGUUGCCAAAUAGAAUAUACCUUUCUGUGCUCAGCUGUCUUGACCUCUCCACAGCAUUUCACACCAUCCACCAACCCUCAGUGAAACAGCCUCCUCCCUUAGCUUUAUGACACCACAAGUCUCUGGAUUCUCUCCUCUUACCUCUUAGCCACAUAGGCUGAGCCGUCCUUGAAACCUAGACAGGGGUACAUGUCUGUGGCUGUCUGGGGUCUCCUCUUUUAAGAAGUUGGGUAGACAGGAAGAAUCACAGCUGCUCCUGCUUCCCUGUCUCUAUUUCCUGAGUCCCUUCUUUUUCCUGAACUCAGUUCUCCUCAUGCCAAGCAUGUUUAUGAGCUCCUUCUGGGAGGACAGCAUCUGUGAGUCCUUCUCUCUGUCUCUCCGAGACAACACAGAGACAGAUUUUAGCCUUGUUUGCUAAGAGACCCCAUCUAAGUCAGCCCAAGGGUGUGGAUUAGGUCUUAUAGCAUCCAGGUUUCAGUCUGGCUAAACUGGAUUACUAGGCUGGUAGGCAGCUCCUCACGAUGAUCCUGCACCAGUUAGAGCCUGCUGCAGUUGAGAAGAAGCCUGGGAUUGUGGUAAGACAUGUUUCCAUGCAUGUCAGUGCUGCUAAUCAGGAGAAGCUGGCAGGGUGGGUGCCUGCUGCUGAUGACAUUGGGAUGGAGGGAGACUGGGGAGUGUGGUGGCUCCCGCUUUUCUGCGGCUCAGCUGGAGUCAGCAUGAUUCCUAUAUCAGGGUCUUUCCCACUUGUGCUGAUCAUCACCACCUGCUUGCUCCAGUUGGUUCUGGAGCUGGAGGCAGCUAUUGGUGGCUUUCUUGGAGGUAAGGAGGUAUAUACUAGAAAGACAUCUGAUUUGAGAGUCUGAGUAUCUAAAUUUGUGGCUUUUAUCAUGAACUGUGUGACCUUGGGUACUGUUUCCUCAUCUAUAAAGCUGCAGUGAGAGAAUGGCUGAGAACAGUGAUCUCUCAGCUCUCCAGUGGUAAAGAUAUUGUUCAUUAUGAUUUUAACUGUAGAGCUCAGGCCACAUAAGGAACAGGGGAGUUCCGGGGUGGGACACGCUGGAGGAGUCCAGAGCAGGGCAGAAAAAGGGGACUCACAAGCCAAACAGAGCUGCUUUGAGGAAUUUCUUACCAGCUGGUGCUGCUUCCUGAGCCAUAUGCCCAUUCCUCAAGCUGCAUCCCUUUCUCAGAUAUGUAGGAUGAGUUCCCCCUAGGCCCCUAUUAGGAGUGGCUAUUAGAUCCAAAGCAGUUGGGGCAUGAGGGAGGAUAUUUUAAAGGGAAAUGUCACGGAUUUUAAGGACCUAUACAUUCAAGAACAAAUAAAAAAUAGCACUUUUCUUUA